AUAUUUGUACACUGAUGCACUCACAUGCACAUGACGACAAUCAAGAUGUCAAAAAGCAAUACACUCAUUCUUUACAGCCCGCAUGUAGAUGCAUAUCAUGCUCUUCAGUGAGAUAGAGGGAAUAAUUGAGACAAGAAAGAGGAGAAGGGUAUGUGAUGUUUGUGUGGGGGAUGAGGGUGUGUUUGUGUGUACAGAGGGGGUGAGAUGUGGGGGCGGAGAAAAAAGUGCUGGCUCGCCUCCAGCGCUGACGAAAGCUGCUUAACCCUCCCAGUUACCAUAGAGACUGUCAGGCGCAGUCACCAGUGAGAGAGAAAGAGUGCGAGGCAGGGAGAACACCAACAAGCAAAGGCAGCGGAUAGAAGGUGCGAGGGAGAGGAAAAGGAAAGAAUCAGUUAGAGACAGGGUAUAAUAAAGGGAGAACAAUAAAGAAAGAAAAACAGGGUGCAGUAGAGAUAGUGGCAGAGAUGGAGGUUCAAAACGAAUGCAGUGAACCGCCUCCAUGUGAUCCUCAGCCAGCAGUAAAGCUCAACAAAGCUGCCUUCAAGCUUUUCGGCAAGCGUAAGUCUGGCAACAGCAUGUCGAGCAUCUUCUCUGUCAAGAACAAAGAGGAGUCCACCGAUAAAGCUGCUGGCAAAAAGCUGGAACUUGUUAGGAGCAAAACCCAUGAUGGCUUAAUAAUGGACACUCUUUCAGAGCUUGAUUGCCACCGGAAAGAGGAAUCUGUCAGUAGCGACCAGCUUCCCGCCGGCAUGCCAGAUGGUGUGUCCACUGCCCCCCUCCGCAGCUCCAUCACCAAGUCUUUCAGCUUCUUCUCUUUACUGCGCCGGAGCAGCAACCGUGCAGGAGAUGGAACUACUACAGUGGCACGACGAGGACGAGGACUUAAGGGGCUGUUCAGCAGCAUGCGUUGGCGGCGGAAGCCCCAGGUUCAGGAGGACUCAUUGGAGGUGGCCAAGGAGGUGAAGGAGGAAGACCUAAUACUUUCCUCCUGCUCUGGCAGUGUGGAAAUAGAGAAGGACCUGACACUGACUCUUGAGCCCCUUCCGCAAGUGUCUGAGGAGCCUCCUCUUCUAGGGGAAGCUGAGAAAUGGAAAGCAACGUCUAUGCAGGAAUUACAGGGUACGAAUGAAGUGGAGUUUGCUAACUGUGGUUCUUCUCUUUCACAACAACAUACAAUAACUGAGGAAUCUCCAGCUCCUUCUCCACUCCUAGCCCAGACAGAAAGGCUCCAACCUGAUAAACAUAGCAGUUCGACACACCUGUCCUCCAUUCCGACCUGUGCUUUGACCCCUCCAAUGGAGCACAGCAAAGCCGACCCACAAUCUGAGCAGUCUGUGGAUCACCUAUGUUCCAUGUUCACUGAUGUUACUUCACUAAAAAGCUUUGAUUCUUUAACAGGCUGUGGUGACAUCAUUGCUGAUCCAGAAGAGAAUUCUGGUAAUGGGGGAAGUGCCACAAGCAGUGGAACCGGUAGCAGUAGCGGGGGAUGCAUGGGUCGCAGACUAAGUGGAGCAGGGACAAAUUCAGAGAGAUGCUCUCCUGCCAAGCCUCCACUUCCUCCUCAGGUCAGUAGCAUUACAUCUAUCCAUGCUUCUUGCUACAUGCCAGCCCACCAAAGACCACGUGCAGCCCCUAAAAAGCCACAAGGUAGUGGAGUUGUUGCCUACAUGGGUGGAGGGGAGGAAAUGGCUAGUCCAGAGGCGGUUGAUGAUGCUGACAUGCAGGGACUAUGGCAUAUGUUGCCCCAGAAGGGUGAAGACUCCCCAGCCCUACAACGUGCAGAGCCUGUCUUGCAUCAUGCACCAACCCUCCUUGAGAAGAAGCCAUCUCAAGUAAAGGUGCUUGGUCUCAGUAAAAUCCCUGUGAGUGGAGGUAGCAAGAUGGGAAAGCAGCAACCCUCUCAUCCCUCACCUCCCCCUUUCGAUAAAGAACUCCAGGAUGCCCCACCAAGUGAUGAAGGCUACUGGGAUUCUUCCACACCUGGCCCAGAGGAUGAGGAUGGCACCUUCCUACGUCGGGAAGGUUUACUGAGGGACAGCUGCUCUGGAGAUGCACUUUAUGACCUCUUCGAUCCCGACAGCCCAAGUGCUGUUGGUUCAGACGAAGACUUGAGUUCACCAACAAAAUCUGCAGGUGAUCUAAAAAUGAACUUGCCUUCCCCAAAAUGCUCAUCUUCUGCCACUUCCUCAUUCCGUUCCAUGAAAGGCAGCACCAGCCUACCUCGAGAUUCCAAGAUUCCUAUUAGUGUGAGGCAAACACCAUCUUCCCAUUCUUCCAGCCAAGUUGCACUGUCUUCCAAUCUUAGCCCCACUUCAACUACCCCUCCUAAAAAGUCUGAUGCCCCACCACGCACUCGAAUCCCUGUCUCGAAGGUUCCUGUCCGCCGUUCCGGCAACAAGAGCACCCCCACCUCACAAAGCAGGAAGUAGAGAGUUUGGAGGCCCUGCAGAUGUUUCUGACAGUACAAAUCUAUCACAAGAGCUUUAGGCCAAAACAUGUUUUUUGAUAUAAAGCAAUCAAUUUACAAUUCUUUGAUUUCACCCAUCUACGAAGGAUUAUUUCUUUCAAUAAAAUAUUUUUUAUUUUUUGUGAUGUCGCAUAUUACACCCUAAUAUAAUUAAGAGUUUUGUAGAAUGCACUGCUCUGUGUAACACAUGACAUUCAUAAUAAUGUAAUCUUGAGUUUUUUUUACACCAGCCUUUCAAAGAGGAAUAAAAGGUGAGAAUGCUGAUCCUAAGAAGAAUGUUUAAUAUCAAAAAGCUUCUCAUUCCCUUCCAUUGGAUCAGUGAAAUUGUGCUUAUGUCUUGUUAUGUCAUCCCACAAGCACUGUGUAAAACGCAGCUGCAAUCUUUUAUCUCUCCAGUAUUUUACAUGUAAUGAAUUUGGAGAACUGUUUGAGAUUAAACCAAGCACUUCAGACAAUAAAGCUGCAUGAAGUCUUAAA